AUGCUGGCGCAGUUCAGGCCACUGGCACUGGAUGGCGAGGCCAGUGCCCCAGGGGUGAAGGAGGCACCCCCGGGGCCGUGUUGGGCCGAGCUCGACAGGUCCCUCGACCAGUGGAAGCACGUGACUCGGAGCCCCAUUCCGCGCUGGCAAAGGUUAGAAGUAGGAGAGGCGCAAAGCGUCUGGUAG